GUUCUCUACUUUUCUGCAUUUGUAACAGUUUUUGCUUCUCCAUUCUCUUUUGGUUUUUGGGUUCUUGUUCAUACUCUUCUUUAGCGACAACACCCAAUUUUGUCCUGUUGAAUAUCUAGUCAAUUCUUAUAAAUUGUCUUUUCAUCUGGGUUUGUUCUUUUCACGGAUUCUCUCAUCCAAUUUGUAUCUGGGUUUUCUUGUUUUAUUUGAUUCUUGCAUAAUUUGCUUGUUUUGAUUCUUUUUCCCUCUGGUGCUGAUUCUUCUCCUGUUUGGCUUCUUCACAUUCAAGGAUUUUGCCAUAGUUGAGUUCUGGUUCUGGGAUUGAAAUUUGAAAGCUUGGAGAAUGAAGUGUUUUUUCAUAUUCAAGGACAAACACAAGGCAAGGAAGGGAACACAAAGUGCCUCAGCUUUGGAAAACCAAACCAGUAAAUCAAAUGAUUCAGCUUUGGCUCGAUCAGCGAGAUCGCUGCCAUCUCCACGGAGCAUACCAGAAUUAUACAAAGAGAAUGAACGCAAUUUUAGAGUUUUCUCUGUUCAGGAGCUCAGAGAGGCAACAAAUGGUUUUAGCAGAUUGUUGAAGAUUGGAGAAGGUGGUUUUGGUAGUGUGUAUAAGGGUCAGAUUAAGCCUGCUAAUGGCAAAGGUGAUCCUAUGAUUGUUGCCAUUAAGAGACUGAACAGGCUAAGCCUACAGGGUCAUAAAGAAUGGCUUGCUGAAGUUCAGUUUCUUGGCAUUGUUAACCACCCAAACCUUGUAAAACUUCUAGGAUAUUGUUCAGCAGACAAUGAGAGAGGGAUCCAGCGGCUUUUGGUAUAUGAAUUCAUGGCUAACAAAAGCUUGGAAGAUCAUCUUUUCAACCAAGCUUUACCUACUCUCCCAUGGAAAAUGAGAUUAGAGAUUAUCCUUGGUGCUGCUCAAGGAUUAGCAUAUUUACAUUCAGGGCUAGAGGUCCAGGUCAUAUAUCGAGAUUUCAAGGCUUCAAAUGUACUGUUAGAUAAUGGCUUUAAACCAAAGCUCUCAGAUUUUGGACUUGCAAGGGAAGGGCCAACUGGUGACCGUACUCACGUGUCGACAGGGGUGGUUGGGACAUAUGGGUAUGCAGACCCGGAAUACAUAGAAACCGGCCAUCUCUCGACCCACUCUGAUGUAUGGAGUUUUGGUGUGGUGCUAUACGAAAUCCUCACCGGUAGGCGUACUUUGGAAAGAAAUCGCCCAACAUUAGAGCAGAAGCUCCUCGAGUGGGUGAAACAAUUUCCUGCUGACAGUAAAAGAUUCAGCAUGAUAAUAGACCCAAGACUCAGAAACCAGUACUCAAUCAAUGCAGCUCGGAAAAUUGCCAAGUUGGCAGAUUGCUGCUUGAAUAAAAAUCAAAAGGAACGGCCAUCAAUGGAUCAGGUGAUUGAGAGCUUGAAGCAAGCAAUAAGAGAUUCGGACGUGGGAAACACUUCUCUGAAUGGAAGCACUGGAUCACCUGGAUCUCGAGUUGUUCAGCGCAAACCAAUCAAGGUCGUGUAAGGAGAUGUUUGUUCUCUUAAAGAAAGCCAGCAUGAACCAAAACUUGUCUGCUGACUUAACAUGUGUUGGGUUUUCUUUUUUCCUUCUCCUCUACUCUCCUUUGCUGACAGGUCUAGUUGCUUGUACUGGCCAAAACAUCUCUUUUAUGGCGUCCAAGACAUGGUGCUGACGCAGCGGAACUCAAAUGAGCAAUGCUUGUUCAAUAACAGGAGUCAGGAAAGACUAAGAAAGAAGGCAUGUGAAGAGAUCGGUAGAGGAUUGUAAAUCUCCAUAUAUAUGGCAUUUUAAAAGUCGAAAAUUUGAUAUAAUGCUCAAUUCUUUUUAGUAUAAAUAUACCAUUAGAACACUUGUGAUGA